AAUAGUACAUAACGUAGCAUAUCUAAAGUAUACAUAACCCAUGAAGCAAUAUUGCGGACACAUUUGCUCCUGUGUGUUUGGGGUCGCUUUAGUUCGUUGGAAUACACGUGCUGUUUUCACUUAGAUAUAUCAAAAUGGCAGAAAGCGAUAAAAACAAGAAGAAAAGCAAAAAGAAGUCUCUUGGAGAGAUUCAAGCAACAAUGAAAUGUCAACUUGAACCUUCAAAUGAGAUUGUAAAACUGGAAUAUAAAGAUUGGCCUCUUUUAUUUAAAAAUUUUGAUAAAAUGCUUACUCGUACAAAACAUUUUACACCCUUAACUAGUGGCUCAACACCAUUACAUCGUACUUUAUCUGAAUAUAUAAAAUCUGGGUGUAUUAAUCUUGACAAACCAUGUAAUCCAUCAUCACAUGAAGUUGUUGCAUGGAUAAAAAGAAUUUUAAAAGUAGAAAAAACUGGUCACUCUGGUACUCUAGAUCCAAAAGUAUCUGGCUGCUUAAUAGUAUGUAUUGAUAGAGCAACUAGAUUAGCUAAAUCACAGCAAUCUGCUGGAAAAGAAUAUAUUGCAGUUUUUAAAUUACAUUCUGCUCCAGAGAGUCUUCAGAAGGUAAGUCAAGCAUUAGAAAAAUUACGUGGUGCACUAUUUCAACGACCUCCACUUAUAUCUGCAGUGAAGCGUCAGCUUCGUGUCAGAACAGUUUAUGACAGUUGGUUUAUUGACUAUGAUGAAGAACGUAAUAUGGGAGUGUUCAGAGUUAGUUGUGAGGCUGGUUCAUAUAUUAGAACUAUUUGUGUUCACCUUGGCCUCUUCUUAGGCACUGGUUGUCAAAUGCAAGAAUUACGUAGAAAUCGUUCAGGUGUUCAAUCUGAAAAUGAUGGAAUGGUUACUAUGCAUGAUAUACUUGAUGCUCAAUGGUUAUAUGAAAAUCAUGGAGAUGAGUCUUAUUUGAGAAGAGUAAUUAAGCCACUAGAAGCUCUUCUAGUAAAUCAUAAAAGAAUUAUUGUAAAAGAUAGCGCAGUAAAUGCUAUUUGUUAUGGAGCUAAAAUUAUGUUACCUGGUAUUUUAAUGUAUGACGAUGGCAUAGAACUAAAUCAAGAAAUUGUAAUAGUGACUACAAAAGGUGAAGCUAUAGCACUUGCUAUAGCUUUAAUGACAUCUCCUACAAUGACAGCUUGUGAUCAUGGUGUAGCUGCUAAAAUUAAAAGAGUAAUCAUGGAAAGAGAUGCAUAUCCAAGAAAAUGGGGUUUGGGACCAAAAGCUUCCAUAAAAAAACGUAUGAUAAUCGAGGGAAAAUUAGAUAAAUAUGGAAAACCGAAUGAAAACACACCUGCAGACUGGUUAGCAAAUUAUCCAGAUUACUCUACACCUACAAUUAAAACUGAGGCAAAUGGAGAUACCGAUCCUGCAUCUAAAAAACGAAAAUGGGAAGAAACAGUUUCAGAACCUACAGACGAAGUUACUAUAAAAGAAGAGAAGGUUGAAGAUUUAGAAUUGACAUCACCAAAAGAAAAAAAGAAAGAUAAAAAGGAAAAGAAAAAGAAAAGAAAAAAGGAAAAAGUAGAAUCAGAAGCUGAUGAACCCAUGGUUACAGAAGGUGCAACUGAGGAAUCGCCAGCAAAGGAAGAAAAAAAGAAGAAGAAAAAGAAGAAAGAUAAAGAUCAAGAUCAAGAAGUAACAGUUUCAAGUUGAAAUAAUUUUUUAAAUAUGUCCUUAUUAAAAUAUAAGUACCAUAAUUUUUUAUAAGUACGAGAGAAACGUUAUAAUACGUCAUAAAAAGGAAUAUAAGUUUCUUAUACAAAGAUAAUUUUCAAAAAAUGUAUACAUAUUUUACAACGUCCAGAUUGUAAAAAGAAUAUCCAUCUUCUGCAAUAUAUAUAAUAUAUAUAUAUAUACAUAUACAGAUGCAUAGAUGUAAUUCAAUUUAUUAUUAAAUUGAAAAAAUAUUUUAUAUGUUCUCUAAACUUGUACAGAUCGUGAUUCAAGUCAGUUACAUUUAGUAAUCUUUUAGAUUAUAUUAAAGAAUUCAGUAAUAUUACAUUAUUAAUAAGAAUAAACGAAUUUCAUUGUUAGUCAAGUAUUAUAAAUUUUACAAAUAAUAAAAAUGUAUAUUGAUACGAUAUUUAGUAUCAGUAAAUGUACAUAGAAUAAGUGAAUUACAUUUGCAAAGUAUCGAGAUAUAUUUUGCAAGUAUAAAAAGAUCCAUUAUGAUUUAUCUACUAUAAUAGCAUUUUUUACGUUAUACAUUUCAUAUCGUGCACUAAUGCGCAAUAUUUACAUUUUUUAUUAUGAAGUGCAUUUUCGUUUAUUAUUUCGGUCCUAUUCAGAUGUUUAUAUAUAACAUAUUUUAUCAUACUUUAUCAAAAAGCAAUAGAUUAUAUGUAAUAUCCGAGUGGCUGUCAUACAUUUUGAAUAAUAGUGUAAAAAUCUACUUGUCUAUUGUUAGCAUUUUUUAAUACAAAAAUAAGCAGUA